UUAGGAUGGCCCCGGGAAUCAACCAUGUAUAAUGCAGAAAUGGAUGAAUGAAUGUGUUUAAAGAAUGUAGUUUAACUUUAAACUAUUAGGCCUAUAGUUCAGUUCACAGGAAAGACCGGACUAUAAGCAUUUCUGAUGUAGGAGGAGGAAUGUUUAGAAAAUGGCAGUUCCACAUUAUUGCAGUGCAGGUUCUUCUGUUUCAAGGAUAUUCACUAGUUGCACCUUGUCAUGAGGGAUUCCACGUCACAGAUGCUGGCUUCUGCUGCAGACAAAUCAAGUGCCCUAGGGACUAUCAGUUCCAUUUAUGUCAAGAGAAUAAUGGAAAUGAUGCCUGUACUCCUUGUAAAGAAGGAACCAUUAAUCCUGAUCCCAUUGAAACCAACAGCUUUUCAUACCAAUUGGAUGGCCUCUGCAUACAACCAGAUUGUUCCUGUGCACCAGAGGCCAAGUUGAUGAAUCCAAAUGAGUGCAGGAAGACAGGUAAAAAAAAGUGUGACUGCAACCUUGAGCAUUCCUUCUAUGGAGAGGAUAGCUUAAACUGUCGCAAAGCAAACCCUGCCAAACAAAAGUGUGCAAAGAGGAAAGGAUUUGAGCUGACCCAGAAAGGUUUUGUCAGGGAAUGUCAAUCAGGUUACUUCAAGUCUGAAGAUGACAGCAGCAUCUGCCGUCCUCACACCAGUUGUCCCAAGGGUCGCUCAGUAGAGGUUAAUGGGACAAGAUUCCAUGAUACCCGGUGCAAGAUCGAUGACCAAGCUGAAAGCACUUCUCCAAUCCCCUCAACGUUUCCUAAUUCCACCACAGCAGACACGGGCCAGUCAACAUUUGAUGUAGAAGUAUUUCUUGGAGUAGUGAUACCAGUCAUUUUCCUAAUCUGUUUAGUUAUUGUGUUCGCAUACCAUUGUGUAAAGCAUCAAUGGUACAAAAAAUUCACAUGCUUUCCAAGAAAAGAAAAUGGGAUGGCAGAGAGAGAUGAAGAAACAGAAUUGAGCGAUAGACAAAACCCUCCUGUACUGCUGCCAAAAGAACUUGAUAGUUCUGACUCCGAAGAAUCAGUUGGCAACAGCUUGGACUUCGAUACACUCUUAGAAAAAGAAAACCAAGUGGACUCAUUGCAACAAAGUAUUCCACAAGAGAUUGUGAAAGACAUCAGAAGACCAAAGAACAAAACCAACCUAAUGCAAGAAUUUGAAGAGAGAGGUGUUGACAGUCAGCCUACAUCAGUACCAUCAGAGGCACCAGUUGAUAACAGAUCUGAAACCACAGAUCUGCCUGAUGUAGUGGGGGGGAGCUUAAAGUUCAGCAUGUUCUCUGAAAAAGACAGUCAGGCAGACAGUGUCAUGACAAGCGGAGUAAGCACCAUGCCACUCCAGACGUUCACUUUUCCACACGGUAACGAUGUUGAGAGUCUUAUAUCUGAGGGGUCUGUAGACCAAGGCUUAGGUGCUUCAAGACAAUUUAGAAAAAAACCGAUCCAGAAAGUGAGUCCUAUGCAGUUUCAAAAGAAUUCCAAUGACACAGAAGCCUCAGGGAAUAAUGAUGAGGAUGAAGAUCAAACGGAAUCCAAGGAAUAUAUGUAGUUCUAUUGCCUUCAUGUUUUUAUGGUGGCAUUUAAUCAUGUUGAUAUGAAAUAUAACAUCAUUGCCAUGUGAAACACUGCUGGUCAAUGUUAGGAUUUUAUAUUUGAUAUAUAAAUGUGUGACAAUUUUGAUGUUAACUGUAGCAAUGAAUUAGGUGGUUAUUGCAUAUACUACUUGUCUUUUAUGUUUAAAAUCCUUUAUAUAUUUAUUUUGGAAGAAGUUUAAGAUCAUGUAAAGUCAAUGUUUAACAUAUACAUGUUAACUUUUUUAUCUAAAAUACUCUCUAUAUUUAUUUUGGAAGAAAUAUAAGAUGGUAUAAAUUCAAAAUUUUGAUGUUUUACAUGUCUACCUUUCACUGUUCUAUGCAAUUCAUUAUACCUGCUAUUUUGCGAAUUUAUAGAAAAUAAUUUAUUUUAUGCAAUUUCAUGUCUACCUUUCACUGUUCUAUGCAAUUCAUUAUACUUGCUAUUUUGCGAAUUUAUAGAAAAUAAUUUAUUUUCUGCAAUUUCAAUGGCUUAGAGGCUUGAAGGGGCAUGGACAUGGUUUGAGCUGAAAAUUUUCAAAUUUUAUUUCUCCAUUUUUAAUGUUUAAAUUGCCUAACUAAGGUAUUUCUAAUGGUCAGUAAAAAUUUGAAUGUUAAUUGUCAAGGUACAUAGGAGAUACAGAGCUCACAAUUCUUUGUUAUAUAAAGAAAGCUCGUGCCAUGUUUUUGUUUAGAUAUAGAUUAAAUAUACUUGUAAAAGUCUCAUUUAAAGCAGAUUUUUUCAAUUUACAUGUUAAUUCUUAACACAAUUAGAUAUUUUGUAGUGUUUGGCACAUCUCAUUUUGUUUUAAACAUGCUAUUUUCAAUCAAACAAUCUAAUGUUAAGCCAGAAGAUAUGGCUACUGUAGGGUCAAAUGAAUUGCUGGGGCGGCUUGGUCUCGAAGACCUCGGCCUCCUCUUAAGGGAAAGAAGACUCCGCUGGUAUGGCCACGUUGUCAGAUUCAGCAGUGCAGUCAAGUGUGCUCUCAAUGUACAAGUUCUUGGAAGGCGUAGAGUUGGUCGGCCAAAGAUAUCUUGGAGAGAGCUGACAGAGAAAGAUCACAGAGAGUGGAAGCUCUCUAGUGCCGAUCCUCUUAAUCAGAAAAACUGGAGAUCGAAGGUGAGAUCUGCCAUGCAUGCAGCUAGCCAGCUACAUGUACCUUGAAGGGGGCCACUAGUGUGGACAAUACCCAUGCACCUGCACAUAAAUAAAAAGGAACAGACAACAACAAUGUAAACAAAAACAUGGCAUGAACCUUGUUUACAUAACAAGGAAUUGUGAGUGCUGUAUCUCAACAAUGGAUAUUCAAAUUUGGUUGAUUAUCAGAAAUACUGUAGUUCAGCAUUGUAAACAAAAAUGGAAAAAUAAAAUUUGAAAUUUUUUAGCUCAAAUCGUGUAAACCUGCCUUAUUAGAUUGAGUAAUUAUUAUUUUUAGUAUCUUAUUGGUUUGUCACCUGUACAUAACAAGAUGCAUCAGCAGAUUUACUCACUCUGCCUAGGGUCAAGAGCUGAAGGUUCAUGCUUUUUACAAGAACUUCAUGUUUGCUUCUAUUCUUUUACAUUGAAUAAGGUUUUGCAGUAAAUGACCGUAACGUAGUGUUAGGAAACCGUUUUAAGAAGUUAGAUUUUUCCUUAUGAAAUAUAGAUGUCUUGGUAGCGUCAAUACCUUACUUACCUAUACAGUGUACUUUACUUACUGCCUGUUACGCCUUUGGCAUGUAGGGUAGCCACAAGGGCUCUCCAUUCUUGUCGGUCUUUCACCAUUUUCUGGGGGAGUAUUCCAACUUUGUUUUAGUUGUUUUAUUUCUACCUCCACUGUCCUAGGCCAUGUGACUUUUGGCCUUCCUCUCUUUCAUUUUCUCUCUGGUGUCCAUAAGCGGGUUGUCUUGGUGAUACUGUCUGUUCCCUUCUCAGAACAUGCCUUAUACAUCUCCAGCAUCAUUUUGUAAUGAUUGUGACCAUGUCCUCUUGCUGGCAUCUAUUGAGAAGGUCCUUAUUCGAGACGGUAUAUGUUCUUAACAUCUUAAAGAUCCAUCCCAUGGACUUGGUGUGGAAUGUUGACAGUUUGUUUUGGUCUUUCUCAGUCCUUCACCAGCAAUCUGAGCCAUAUUAAAGGAUUGGCAAGGUGCAGUUGGUGUACCGUUUCAGUUGUGUGUGGGCGGUAUAUUGGCUGGAUCUCCAUUCAGCUUGCAAGCUCUUAAAUGCUGUUCUUGACUUCGAUAAUCUCUGUUUGUCGAUUUCUGCUCCACCCUCAGCUGUUACGGUACUCCCCAGAUACAUUUGUAUGUAAAUGUGUUGGUUCAUGGGUGGAUCUGGUCGUUUAUUGUGACUGGUAAUGGGUUGUCUAUAAUCAAAGUCAUGACCUCCAUUUUCUUGGUGUUUAUCUUCAGACCUACUUGCCCUGCAUAUUUAUGGAGUCUUCUGGUUUUGCUCUGAGUAUGCUGGUGGGAGUGUGAGGGCAAGGCAAAAUUGUCCACAAAGUCCAGGCUUGGAUUUCUCGAGAAAAUCUCAAGCUUUAGUUUGAGUUUUCUUUUAUUUGACUUGGAGCAGUCAAAAUUUUAGUAAAAUUUCAUUUUUUUUUUACUUGAGAUUAUUUCGAGAAAUCCAGACUAGGUCUUCAAGAGUUGAAGAAAGUGCCCCAUCUUAUGCCCCUUGGAAUGUCAGAUAUUGUGUUUCUCAUAUUCCAGUCAUAAUCCAGUCUAUCGCUAGAAUGAAAAGUGUUGAUGACAUUAAACAUCCUUGACAUACUCCUGUUUUUACUUCAAAUUCGAUCUUACUGUCUCCAACUUUGCAUCUCUAUGAAUGCUGUCAAAGGCUUUUUCAAGGUCAAUAAAAUUUGUGAAAGAUUGGUUGUAAGAUGGCUGAUGCAAGGUGUGGAUAUGCUUUAAAAAGUUCUGCAUUUAAGUCGUCGCUUCCAGGAGCUUUUCCAUUUGUAAGACUCUCUAUGGCGGAUAUAAUUUCUGGAAUUUGUGAUGGUUUGGUGCUGAAAUCUGUUUAAAGUGUUCUGUCCAUCAGAGGAUUUUCCCCAAUAUAUUUGUAUAUAAAACUGUUCUGUCCAUCAGAGGAUUUCCCCAAUAUAUUUGUUUUUAAAACUGUUCUGUCCAUCGCUCCUCUUGAUCCGUUUCAGAUGUCAAUAUUGUACCAGCCGUGUCUUUGAUUGGCAUUGUUUGGAGCCAUACACUGUCGUUUUUAUUUUGUCACUGUAUUCAUUUUGGUAUUUUUGCCUUAAUCUUUUGGACUUUGUUUCAUUCACUUUCUUUCUGGCAUCUUUUCUUGAGUUGAUCAUUGUCCAGGUUCCAAACUAUGUGUUAUCCAAUCCUUGCUCUUUUGCAUUUGUCUGUGUCCCAAACGCUUUUCACAGGAUUCAACAUAGAUCUUACUAAUUUUUGUCCACUUUUCAUCAAUGGAUAGUAAGCUGUUGCCUGACUCCCAAGUUUUCAGUAUGUCUAGGAAUGUGAUGGUGAAUUCAUUUCUUGUUUUGUUGUCCGCAUCAAACGUUUUUUUUGGUGUACUCCUCCCCAUUGUGCUUCGGAGUUUAAGUUUGAUAUCUAUACUGUUACUAGGUGAUGGUCACAAUCAAUAUCAGCACCUCUCUUCACUCUGAUAUCAAGUUGAGACUUUCUCCACAUUCCAUUGAUCAUGAGAUCAUAUGAUCAAUUUGGAUUUUGUCUCUCAUGUUCUGGGAAUGCCAGGUCAGCUGAUGGAUGUUUGGAUGAGAGAAUAGUGUUCCUCCAAUUAGUUAGUUGUGCAGAAAUCCGAGAGUUUUCCCAUCCUCAUUCAUGAUUCCACAUCCAUGUUCUCCCAUUAAAUUGCUCUGUUAUAAACUGGUUUUUCCUGAUGUUGUUCAUCUCCCCUUCCCGAAUACAAAACUGUCUCACCAGAUACAGAUCUUAUGCUUUGAUUCAGGGUAGAAUUAGAUAUCCCUUACUUACUAGGUUUCAGACUUAGUAUUUUAUAUUCAGGCUGUCCCAGUGCUUAUAUUCAAGGUAUCACACCGGCAAUUGUCCAAUCAAAAUGAACUUGGUCAAUUGUAGUUCCAUAUAUUUCAAGAAAUAUUUUUUUCCUUGUGCGAUUUUUCUCAUUUCCUCUUCUUCUUUUCUCUUAAUUUUUGCACCCCUGAUUAGGAAAUUUUGUGUAAUUUGUAGAAAUAACCAAGUGUAUACAAAGGAACUAUUUGCUGUUGGUAGCUGAGGCUACUUCCUGAGGUGUACUACGGCUGUUUACACACAUGUGAAAAACACGUGGAUUUGAGGGUAGUCUUGUUUGCGGGUAAUUUAUUUUCGAAAAUGCCACGUAGGGUGGUGUUUUUCUGGUGUCGGCAGACGAGAUAGGUAACAUAGAACGUUUCUGACUGCGUUAUUUGGCAUCAAUUCUGUAAACUGAUUUUUAAUGAAUUUUUUUCCUCUAUAGUAAUAUAUAGUGAAAAUAAUUACCGGUGUGAUACCUUUAGCCUUGCCCUAUAUUACUUUGAGGUGUAUGGAAGCCCACUAGUGAUAUAUCACUAUGUUUCACAAUGUAUGGAAGCCCGCUAGUGAUAGAACUCUUUAAUUUUUCUCAGUGUAUAGAAGCAUGCUAGUGUUAAAACACUGUCUUUUUUGCAAUGUGUGGAAGCUUGUUAGUGUCAUUAAGAUUUUUUAUUAUUUCAGUACUUAUUUAUUUUUUUUAAUUCUGAUUAUUUAUUUUGGGUAAACUUUACAUUCUAUUCUGGGUGUACUCAUUCAUUUUCAUUGGAAAACAUUAUUUGUUAUCAAGUAUUCUAAAUACAUAUUUACUUAUACUAUAAUAAAUUUGUAGGUCUUUUCAUUUCAAACAAGGUUUUGAACAUAAUCCCUAAUGAACCUGGGUAUAACAUGGAAACAGUGUGUUCCAUAAUUUAUGUACGUAGUAUAACAAGUCCUUCUGAUACCAAGUACUAUUCCGAUAGAACUUGUACUCUGGGAGAAGCUAGACUUAUUUCAAUCCCAGCAUACACUGUUGCCCGUUACAGAUGAAUAUCUAGUUUGUGAUUUGAAGUGAGUAGUCUGCACAACAUAUUAUCUUAGAAGAGUACCGGUUUUGUAGGACCUGCUUAUGAGUGCAAACUCACAUUUAGAUUUGGGGUGGAUUUUAUUACUGUACAACUCGUUGAAAUGUUGUUUAAUCAUGAGAAAAUGUAAUGGGGUAAUUAUUCAUGGUGGGUUGUGGGUGGACUUUACUAUAGUGUUUUGUUCAUGAUUAUUCCAUGCAGAAGAGUGUUCAUGACUUGCUCAAUAGUCACCUGUUUUUAUGCUUGACACAUGCCUUCUCAAUCAAGUUUAUUUAUAUCUGUACUGUCUUGCUUUAUACAUAUCAUUGCUCAUAGCAAUUUUGAUACAACUGUAGUACAAAUUCACUUGUGUUUCACUGAAACUUGUUUACAUUUUUGCUGGCAUCUUUUUAAUGUAAUGCUUUAUUUAUUUAAUUAUGAUUGUAAACAUCCUUGAGGUUAGGAAAAUGUGCUCCUCCUCUUUUUUUCCAGGUAUAUGCAAUUAGCCACAGUUUCGUAUUUUACUCUAGGACUUAUAAUGUUACAGUAGUUGAUGACUAGCUACAGCUUAACUCAAUUGUGAUAUUGUAUUAUCAUAGAUUACUCAGAUCUGUUUUAUGUGCCAUAUCAUUUGCUGAAUGUCACAUUGUUUACAUGUUACGAUAAUGAAAUUGUUACAAAUGUCCAUUGUAAUCCUAACUGAAUGAUCCUUUUGUGUAUUUGUCAUAUCGCAUACUUGUUUAGUGUACAUUGUAUGUCAUAGAAAAGUGUACGAUAUUUUUGUUUGUUCGACAGUACGGCAGAACUGGUGUGUUGUACGAAGCCGUACUUUGUUGUGUCUGGUUGAAUGUCACCAUACAGUAUUUCUAUUGGUUAAGUCCUACCAUGUGAUACUUACAGAAAAGCUAUAUAAACACAAGAGGUACAAGCGGCAGAUAACUUAACAGUUGUAGAGCCCAAAGUUUUAAAUCAACAUUUACAGAGCUACAUUAACCAAUCAUACUAGGCGAGGAUAAGUCAAGACAUUUAUCUCUCAUUACACUGGACACUUGUUAAUAUUUUGUCAAACAUUUUUGCCAUUUUUAUAGCCUACAUGACAAUACACAUAUACUAUACCCACAUUGCUGUAUGGUAGACUUAGUUGUGUUAUGUAUAUAUGAAACGUUACUGAUCAUGUGCCAUACAAUGAAUUAAUCUUAUGACAGAGAA